AUGACAGAUACCUCCCCAGUCGCCAUCACGCACCCCAUCACGGACCCUUAUCCGGUCACCGUCCCGCUGCACUCACCCGGCGUCAACGGCACCGUUUCCGACUCCAUCGCCCCGGAAGAGGAGGAGCCGUAUACCAUCAAGUGCAUCUGCGCUUUUGAGGAUGAUGAUGGAAACACGGUUUUCUGUGAAGGGUGCGAAACUUGGCAGCAUAUAGAGUGCUAUUACCAUGGUCGAGAUGUGCCCGACGUGCAUAACUGUGUCGAUUGCGAACCGCGUCAUCUGGAUGGGCGGCGUGCAACCGAACGGCAGAGGCGUCUUAGGGAACAGAAUGACGGCGGUGACCGGAAAACCAAGCGAUCUGGAAAUAAGAGUCAUAAGAAAAAGAUCAAAGAACAUGGUGACCAGGUAAAUGGAUUUCAUCAUCGAUCGGAAUCCGCAUUGCGCGAUCAGCCCGUUGCAAAGAAGAUUAAGACAAAUCAUCGUGCUUCGGGGUCGAUUAGCUCUGUCUCGGGUGCUCCGGGUCUUCCACCUGACCCACGGAAACGGGCUGCAGCGUCCAUGAGCCCCAUAAAACCGGCUGGCCCUCCCAUCCCCCUCUAUUCGCACGAAUUCUUACACCUCUAUGAUCAUGAUAACGAUUAUGCGAGUAUGGACAGCAACUUGUUUGUCAACCUUCCCUUGGCCGCAGAUCUGGCUUCCUGGGUAACGGAACCAACCGCUCUGGCCCGAAUUGCCAACGGGCGGUCCGCGCAGGAUAUCUUUACUUGGUCUGGAGCAUCACUUGACCGGUCGCGGUGGCCCACACUGUCAACUGAGUCUAUCACAGAACCUAGUAUUGAAUUGGAGGGCCAACACCCGACAUGGAAAGUGCUUAAGACCAGAGAUCGUGUGGGGAAGGACGAAAUCGUUGGGGAAAUCACUGGCAAGAUUGGACUGCUGCGAGAUUAUUGUCUCGAUCCCAGUAAUCGGUGGCAGGAGCUCCGCCAUCCGGAGCCUUUCGUCUUCUUCCAUCCCCAGCUUCCGAUCUAUAUCGACAGUCGCCAUGAAGGUAGCGUUCUGCGCUACGUGCGGCGGUCUUGCCGUCCAAACGUGACGAUGAAGACAUACAUCACGAACCAGGUAGAAUAUCACUUCUGCUUUGUUGCAAAAGAAGAUAUUGCUCCUGACUCCGAGAUUACUGCCAUGUGGUAUCUGGAUCCUCAGCUGUUUGAAUCAAGCAAUGGUCUAGUCAAGCAAGAAUCGAGUGAUAGUGCUCAAGACAAUGCUGCCAUCUGCAUCAGCAAUGUUCUCGCCCAUUUUGGCGGCUGCGCUUGCGUUCCACCCUCAAACUGCUUGCUGGCCAGCGUAGAUCGCCGGCGACACCCCAGAUUAUUGGACGCCAGCAUGAAACAGGCAAGCCUCAAACGGAAGAGACCCAAGACAAAACCCACCAUUUCCCCCACCGCUAACAGUCGCGCUGGGAGUGAAACGACCAAGGUUAUGGAUGACGAUGAUCAAGCCGACAGUCGCUCUGCAUCAGGCUCUGUGCGCGGACAGACUCGCAGUCGCGACCUGACCCCCACACUGCAGACUUCGACCGAGAACUACUUGCUGGGAGACUCCGAGCUCUCCGCCCGCGAGAAGCGGAAAAUCGCGGCGGCCGAGAAGAAGUUCCAGCAAUUGGAACAGGAUCAGCAAGCAACCAACAAAAGAAAGAAGCGAGCUAGUGGUCAGUCAAGUCACGGUCGCGAGCGUCAAUCGCACUCCCCACCGGCUGGUACUCUGCCUGGGCCGUUGCCUAGUGGGCGUCACGGUUCUCCCCGCAAGAUGUCGAACAGCCAUAGCAUUCCUUCUGUCCAAUUUCCACUUGGGCGCCCUCAAUAUGUGGACUCUGCAAUUCAAACUGAGCCUGAAGCUCCUAUCGACGGAAUCUCCUCUUCGCCUACCCCUCGACGACCUAGUUUCGUGCCAUUGACUCAACGUUUGUUGAAACGAUGCUAUUUCGAUCGUAUUCGCUUCGAAAAAAGCAGUCAAUCUAUAUCACCUCCAACAAAACCAGUCAGACCUCUGGACUCGCCCCCUGCGUCUCUGAGUCCCCUUGGGGGUCUCCCAUUUGAAGCAUCGAUUCCUAGUACGUCAGGCGAUAAGAACGAUGCCGAUAUGAAGGAUGCCGAUUCGCCUAUUCCUUCAUCGUCCUCGCAAGCUUAUCCCGCACAGCUCGAGACCUCGUCAUUGGACCGCGGCAUGGUCAAGCCUCCUUUGCCACCUCCGUGGCCAUCAACAGCCGCUCACAAUGCUCGAAUACCACUGAAGACAGUCAGCCAACGUCGUCCCGAACUUCACGUUCGUCUUCCUCCCAUGACCAUCAUCUCUCAAUCAUCUGCCCCAAGCCCUGGGUCUGCGCCUGUGUCGACAUCAUUAUCUCCUUCGGCAGAUGCACCUCCCCAACCUGCAUUGCCCGCCCUUGCUUCGUCGAGUAUUGUUGCUCCCAGUCCCGUCAAGAAGAAGCUCAGCCUGGGAGACUAUAUAAUUCGGCGUGGAACCAAAGCAACGCCGUCGGUAGAGAAGACUCAGCUCCAGACCACUGGGAUGCCUUCAACGACCCCCGCCGCAUCAGGACCCGUGCAUAGCAAUUCACCAGGGGACAUCGAAGCGACCAAGGGUGAUGAUCGACGCUCCCAGGAUAUGAUGAUGAAAGAUAUCCCUGGACCUACACCUGCCUCUCACUUGUCUUCACUGACGCGAUGA